AUCGUUCCCUCGGUUGCUCCCCUUCAAAAGACACUCCCAACUCAGAGCUUUCUUGCUCGAACAAUGGCGGCAGAGAUGGCCCUCGUAAAACCCAUUUCCAAAUUCAACACUAACCCCAGAUUCGCCAACCCGAGAAGAUGUUCAAACCCCAAGUUCACCACCAUCAAACUAUCGGCCGCCCAGCAACCGCAAGCGGCCGUUUCCACCGACAAGCCGAGCAAGAAAGCGGCAAAGACUGCAAUCAAGGAAACCCUAUUGACGCCGAGGUUUUACACCACGGACUUCGAAGAAAUGGAGACCCUCUUCAACACUGAGAUCAAUAAGAACCUGAACCAGUCAGAGUUUGAGGCGCUGCUGCAGGAGUUCAAGACGGAUUAUAACCAGACCCAUUUCGUGAGGAACAAGGAGUUCAAAGAGGCUGCUGAUAAAAUGCAAGGGCCUCUCAGGCAGAUCUUCGUUGAGUUCUUGGAGAGGUCCUGCACUGCCGAGUUCUCUGGUUUCCUUCUAUACAAGGAGCUUGGAAGGAGGCUCAAGAAAACCAACCCAGUAGUGGCAGAGAUUUUCUCUCUAAUGUCAAGGGAUGAAGCCAGGCAUGCUGGGUUUCUGAACAAGGGUUUAUCUGAUUUUAACUUGGCAUUGGACUUGGGAUUCCUUACAAAAGCUAGAAAAUACACUUUCUUCAAGCCAAAGUUCAUUUUCUAUGCCACAUAUCUAUCUGAGAAAAUUGGAUAUUGGAGAUACAUCACCAUCUACAGACAUCUCAAGGAAAAUCCUGAAUACCAAUGCUAUCCCAUUUUCAAGUACUUUGAGAACUGGUGCCAGGAUGAGAACCGCCAUGGCGAUUUUUUCUCUGCCCUGCUGAAGGCACAACCACAGUUUCUAAAUGAUUGGAAGGCGAAGCUCUGGUCCCGAUUUUUCUGCCUCUCGGUAUACGUGACAAUGUACCUUAAUGACUGUCAGCGAACUGCUUUCUAUGAGGGCAUUGGGCUUGACACCAAGGAAUUCGACAUGCAUGUCAUCAUUGAGACAAAUCGAACAACAGCCAGGAUUUUCCCAGCUGUUUUAGAUGUUGAGAAUCCAGAGUUCAAGAGGAAGUUGGAUCGGAUGGUUGAGAUUAAUGAGAAGCUGGUUGCUGUUGGGGAAAGUGAGGACAUUCCCUUUGUGAAAAACCUAAAGAGGAUUCCAUUAAUUGCAGCUUUAGCUUCUGAAAUCUUGGCUGCUUAUCUAAUGCCACCGGUUGAGUCAGGAUCUGUUGAUUUCGCUGAGUUUGAACCUCAACUUGUCUACUGAUAACUCUGUGUAAGUUACCUGUUUAUUUUGAGCUUUGAUUUCAAGCUAAUCACAAGAGUUGAGGAUAAAAAACUGAAGAGAAUUUUCUUGUAGAGUUCAUCUUGUUUUCUAUGUAACAACAGAACCCAUGGUCUUAUGGCAGCUUGAUGAUUCAAUCUCCUUGUUAUAA